CUCGCCUGCCCCCACCCUCCUUCCCUUUCUCUGGGCGAGAGCGGCGUGCCUUCCCCUCCCCAGAUGGCAGCCGGCAGCGCCAUGCAGCCUCCCGUUCCUCCUCCUCCGCUGCCUCCUCUCCGGCUCUAAGUCAAUGCCAUGCUGCCGCUGCUCCUCCCGGCGCUGCUGGCCGCCUGCCUGCCCCCCGGCCAGGGCUGGAGCCCCUCGGCGGCCGCCAGCGGGCAGGAGGAGCCGGAGCGAGAGCUCUUCUUGCCCGCUGCCAACUCCUCCUCCCGCUCCUUGCCCGGCCUCGAGAUGGACCUCGACGGGGCAGCAAGCAAGGAGGAAGGCAGCACCGCCACGGCCACCACCAGCCCGGGCACGCCGGCUGGUCCUAGCCGAGAGCCUUUCCCCUCCGCUCCCACCUCCUCCGGGCAGCAGCAGCCGCGUCCCCAGCCGCAGGGGCAGCCGCAUCCCGCCGAGGACCCGCACUGCAAUAUCAGCGUGCAGCGGCAGAUGCUGAGCUCGCUGCUGGUGCGCUGGAGCCGCCCGCUGGGCAUCCAGUGCGACCUCCUGCUCUUCUCCACCAACAGCCACGGGCGGGCCUUCUUCUCCGCCGCUUUCCACCGCGUGGGGCCGCCGCUGCUCAUCGAGCACCUGGGGCUGGCGGCCGGCGGCGCCCAGCAGGACUUGCGCCUCUGCGUGGGCUGCAGCUGGGUGCGGGGCCGCCGGGUCGGGCGCCUGCGGGGCACCGCGCCUCAGGCCGCUGCUUCUUCCUCCUCCUCCUCCUCUUCCUCCUCCUCCUCCUCCUCGCUCUCCUACCCGCCGGCGGCGGAGCCCGGCCAGUACUGGCUGCAAGGGGAGCCGCUGAAUUUCUGUUGCCUGGAUUUCAGCCUGGAGGAGCUGAAGGGGGAGCCGGGCUGGCGGCUGAACCGCAAGCCCAUCGAGUCCACCUUGGUGGCGUGUUUCAUGACUCUGGUCAUCAUCGUGUGGAGCGUGGCCGCCCUCAUCUGGCCGGUGCCCAUCAUCGCCGGCUUCUUGCCCAACGGCAUGGAGCAGCGCCGCAGCACCGCCGCCGCCGGCACCGCCACCGCCGCCGCCAAGUAGCCUCUCGCCCGGUGACUGUCCCCCCAUUUUCCUCUUCGUCGUGUGUGGUGUGGAGGGACGGGCCCUGCCGCCAUUUUCUCUUUUCAAGCGUGUCAGGGGUGGCCCCGGGCGGACGCGGGGUCGCCUGAGUGCCCGGCCCGCCCUGUCCUGCCCGGCCCGGCCCGGCCCGGCCCUGAGGGGAGCGGCCCCGCCGCCGCCGCCAGGGCCGGCCAAAUCCUCGUUUUAUAUCUUUAAUAUCCGUUUUAAGCAAACCUUUUAGUAAAAAAGAAGAAAAAAGAAAAAAAAAAAGAAAAGAGAAGGCCCCCAAAAUCAACGCAAGAAAUAAAAGAUCCCUCCCAUCCAACCGCGUUUGUUGUAGUCGGAGUAGCUUUUUUUGUAGAUGAAUAUUGGUUUUUUUUUCUUUAUUUACAGAAAGGGAAGACUUUUUGGCAGGAUCAAGAACUGAAGCGGUAUAUAUAUAUAUAGUUAUUGCUGAAGCUGAACUUUAACGGACCUUUUACACUGUAUUAUCCAGUUGAGAUGGUGUGUCUUUAUUAUUGUAGCUCUGUGUUAUUUGGCUUUUAAUACAGAGGUUUUCUUUCUGGAGCCACCGUAGCCUUUUGUCGGUCUGUUUUCGCCAGGGUGGAACGUAGGGGUUUGGCCGAUUUCCCCAUCUGCAAAUGGGCUGCGAAGCUUCUUUCCCCAUGAGAUGAUGUUGCUAGUGGUGUUGGUGGAGAAAGGGGAACCCCAAACCCUUUCAGAAUGGCGUUCUGUCCUGUCCUUACAGUAGAUUGAGGUCUAUAUGCCUACAUCAGGGUGGGAUGGGGAACGUGGCUGUGCCAGGGAUCCUCCAAGGCGAUUUGUUUAGCACCGCUCCACAGACGAUGGCUUUCUCCUCGGUGUGAGGUGGGGUGGUUUUGGUCCUGGGAAGAGGAGGCACUCUCUUUAGGAUGUGUUAAAAGCAGCCCGGGGGCAAGUUUCUGACUUCCGCAAAGCACAUUCCUCAAAAACAACUCAGAUGCAGUGUAUUUUUUGAAUGUGUGGUAAUGUCGUACCUUUUCUGCAUCCACCAGGGUUGCUCACAGAAAGCCUGUGGGGUGGAGAGAAGGUCCAGAACUAGAUUACGGCUGCCACUGUGCAAGCGUGCGAGGAAGACAGACUUGCAAGAUUUCCUCUUUCUUGUUAAAGCAGACAGUUGCAUAGCCUGAAAUACCGUUUGUUGUAUACUUCCAAUUGUUUAGCCUUAUAAGAAGUUGUUUUUCAUUUGCCUUAGACAUGAUUAGUCCAGCUGAAGUUUCUAAAACCAAAAUGUGAACUGAGUGAGAAGGAUUUGCAAUAGGAAUUCUCAUUCCUUUGUCAACAUUAAUGUAUUUAAUUUAUUAGUGGCACAUAAACUCACUCGGGGGCAAUUUGGUGUAUUUGUAAUGUUGUUUUCUUCCCUGUGUUUGGUGGAAAUGACUGGAUGAAAAGUCUGGAAGGAUUAAAUUCUUAGGAUUCCUAUUUUUUUAAUUGAGAACAAAAUAAAACAAAUGCAUGCUUUAUGUGUAUGCUAUCUGGAAAAAAAGAUGCAGAGAGAAAAGGCUUACAAACAGCAGAAAUAAAUGAAGAUUUUAAAAUGUUCCAUGUUACUGGGCUACCUCUAUACCCACCGUUUCUCCUGUUGAUCUUAACGGGCACGUCACUUGAGUAAACAUUGCAUAGUGUUGUUUUCAGAAAGUAGAGGUUCCAGUCGCUGUGAGAAAUGUUCAUUUGACCUGUUGAUCCGAAGGGCACCUUCCCCUGUAUGCUUAGUUUACAGAGACCCGCUUUUCGUUCCUUGAUCUGAAAAACAUAGUGUCAUUUCCACCUUGUGUAAACUCUUUUGCACAGAAAUGCGACAUCCUAGGGAGCAGAUAGUUGCCUGUAAUGCCUCAUGUGAGAGAGGAGCAUCUGUACUGAAAGGCGAGGCUAGCAAGAGAACAUGAAGCUAAUCUUAACACCCUCCUGAAAAAAGAAAUGCUCUACAUAUGGAAUAACCCUCAGAACAGUUGCCAUGCUAGAAAGGAAUUUCUUCUUUUAAAUGAAGAUACAUUUAGGCAGAGAGUUAAGAACUUGUGUUGGAAGUUGUGCUGGCUUUGUAGUGUACAGUGCAUAGUACUCACUGUGAUCCAGGGAGCCUGUCCUUAAACUUACGGUUGGCAUCUCUUUUUUGCUUAUCCUAGUUUCACCAGUGACAUGCCGUUGUUUUUUUCUUGAACUGCAUCAACAUAAGUAAGAUAAUGGCAUUACUGUGUGAAACAAGCAGCUUCAGUUAUAAGAGGUUUUUUAUUUGCAGUUCUUACAGGCACCUACCAAGAACAGUAGACCUGGUGCAGAAUGGUUUUGGGGUAUGUCUUCUAACUUCUGCCAGUAUCAGCUUGAAUACAAACGUUGUGAACAGGCAAUGCCGCACUCAGAAUAUUUUGCUGCUUCACUUUAAAAGUGUGAUAGAAGAGAGGGAUUUGCUUUUAUAAAUACACUUGUAAGUGGAGUUGCUAUUAAAAAUCUGCUAAAAUGUGAAAUGUGUAAAACACAGGGAUGGCAUUAAAAAAAAACCCAAACAAACCCCCAAAGGCAAACCAUGUCCAGAAUACAAAAAAAAACCCCGCAACAUUUUCUGGGGGUACUGAUCUCAGCCACAAAGUUCAAAGAGUGUUUCUGAGUUAGGGAAUGUGUUUCCUUAGAUCGCAGUAACCACUGGCAUGUUCCCCCUUCAUAGAGAGAGGACAGUCUGCAUUUCUGUGCCUUAAAAGAGUACAGAGAUUACUUGAUGUACAGGGUUUAGCCUGGACCUAACUCCUUGAACCCUUGGGUUUCGGUGAGAUGGCAGCAGGCUUUCUCCUGUAAAGGACAGAGAAUGGAAGUGCAUUAUGCAGACCAUGAGCUUUCUGCAAUCACUAAUGCAUCUGACACCAGUAACCCUGCUCCCAUAGCUGUGGCUGCUACUCUGACUUUUAAGUAGCCAAUAAUUUUGAGUAACAAAAGGCACACACAACUUUCGCCCGCAUCCAUGGGAAUUUCAUCGGAAUUAAACCCAGAAGAUUCAAGCCCAGAGCAAAGGGAAAUGAUAUAUCUCCACACCAGCUAGUUUUAGAUUUCGACUUGAGACACCAAGGUGUCUAUUUAUUUUAUUUUCAGUGGCAGUGGAGCUUUAUGGUCUCUUUCCUGGGGAUGAUUCUAAGCCAUUUUCAUUCAUUUGGAUUUAUUUUUAAAACCAGUUGGUAGCAGGGUCAGUGCAAGAGUGGAAUUAGUCACCAUAUAUAAUCCUUUGUAUACUCAGGGCGGGCAUAUAUAUAUGUUUAUAUAUACAUACAUCUAUACAUGAGGACUUACUGUGUACAACAGAAAGUCAAAACAAAAGGGAGAAAAAGGAUGGUGAGAAACAAAUAGAACUGAACGAGUAAUACUGGUUUUCCUUCACUAUUUGUUGGAUCGUGUUUCCUGGUAAGUUAUCCUGACUUUAUUUACGUACAUGUAUUUGUUGGAAAGCAAGGGAUACCUAGAAACAGAGGUAAUUUCUCAUUUUCCUUUUUAUGUAAUUCAAGUAUAUUGCAGAUUUUUUUACCAGGAACCAGGAACUCUCUCUAGAGAGAGAUUCAGCGUUAGAAGGUACGAGGCUUGUAUGCUAGUGUUAGACUGGUGCAUUUUUUGCUGUAUAUUCAGACCUCCGAACUGGAUCCGUCUCCCUCACCUACUUGUUUAGUUGUGUUUUAUAGAUCUAUUAGAAGCAAAAGUAUACAGAUCAGUAUGUAGUUUUAGCAUGGACACAGUCUUGCUGUUAUUUGGUGCCACAUUUAUUGCCAUAAUGAAAAUACAAAAAUGUAGUCCGGUAUAACAAUAAUUAUAUAUUAUGUAAGCAUACUGUUGUUCAAUAGGUUAUUAGUAAUCAAGGGCAGUUUUGUAUGUCAGGAGGUACGCGGGGCAAAAUUGCCAUACUUGGAUAAACAAGAGAGUUGUUACUUAGUGCUUAGUUCACCCGUGCUUUCGAUGAUUAAUAUGACUGCAACAGCAGUACUAUUUGUGCAGUGAAUAUUACUCAAUAUGGGUAAGGGCUACUGAACCAGGCCCUAAAAAUACUAAUUAAAAGCCUUACUUGUCUGAGUAAGUAUUAUUCAUUGUGACCUCCGCUUGCUGAAUAAAAGUAUCUCCAGGGCUGACAUUACGUGAUUCCAGGGGCUGAACAAAAGCCCAAUGAAAUCAAAUAGUUAAUUGAACGUUUGUAUGAUUAAUGAUCAAAGAAUCUAUUUUAAAGAUAUUUAUCGAGAUAUAAGAGUAGGUAUUGCGUUCUUUAUCCUCUCUGGUUUUUAUACACAUACUUUAUAAAUACAAAGCCAGGAUUUCUCAGUCCAGUGUAGCGCCUUGCUAGUUUGGAAAUUAACUUCUUUCUGAAGCUAGUGUGAAAAUGCCAGUUAUUUUUCAAGGAAUUUUACUGAAUAAAUGCCUUUUUUGUGAGCAUAUUUCAGGGAAAGGCCUUGUUUUUUCAAAAAACAUUUUUAAUGAUUCUGGGAGAAUGUGUGAAUAUCAAAUCCCAAAUGUAUUCAGAUUUCAAAACAAUAAAACAUCUUUUUAACCAGUAACUGAUUUUUAAAGGCAUAUUUUUAAACAAAAACAUUGUUUUCCAUUUCCCCCUCAGAAGUAGAACAUUUCAAUGAAGACCAGAAGUGCAUAUGAGCGUUCUACCUUGCAAAAGUGCUUUUGUAGGGAAAAAAAGUAUUUUUUUACACUCCUGUUUUUUGUGCGAUACAUAGCCAUGUUCUAAUCAUAGUGUUCUCUUCCGUGAUUUGGAAUUGAUCACAGCUUGUGACAGAUAGGGAACUAUAUUUCAUGUCCCUUCUUCAUAAUAGUUCUAGUUAAAUAAGUUGUUCAAAACAAUUGGGGGUAAAAAAAAAAAGUAGCUUAGCCUGUUUGUUUUGUUUCUAUUACAUUAUGCCAAGGGUAAAAGCAGCCUGGUAUAAAAAUUGGGAUAUUAAAGAUGUUUACUGGAAAUGUCUGGAUGGCGUUUAAUUAGAUUUGUGGCCAGACUAAGUCUCACAAUCCAAACGUCUUCCAACGUUUAUGAAGUUUGGAUUCAUAACUGAGUGUAGCAGUUUGGUCAUCUAUAUGACAGAGGAAUCUCUGGCUCUGCGUGUUGGGAAAGCCAGGGUCUAAAACCUUAGCUCUUAUUUUAGCUUUCCUGUUAUUUCAACAGGUUACCAAAGUCAGAGUAAAACUGGAAGAUCCAAAUAUCCUAUGAAACGCUGCAGUUUUCUGUGUGUUUGACUUGUUCUUAGCUUUUGUAGGAAAACAUCAGAUUAGUGAGACGUGAAUUUGAGACCCAUGCCCUACUGAGGAAGUGAAUUCACUGGGAGUGUGAAGUUAAAUCAUAUUUUUGUUCCUUGUAAGGUGAGACUCGCUAGAAGCAGUGGGACCUUACCUUGUUGGUGUCAUUCUGGGUGUUGCUAAGCAACAUGAAGUGGUUAAAAAGGAGAUACGGAAGAAGAGCAUGGAAGAAUAAAAGGAAACAAAAGACAUAGAAAAAGCAUAAAAGAGAGUAAGUGCGCCAGCAUAUUCUGCAAAGAAGUUGUAUCAACUGGGAGAAAGCGAUUAAGAUAAUAGAGAAAAAAGAAAGCUGACAGAAGAUGGAUUAGGAACUUGAUUCCAUACUUCAUCAAAUUUUUCAGUGCUUUGCUUGAAUAAUUGAUUGCAGUUUUGGCCCCACAUGGCAAAAGUAAUGGCAAAAGAGAAUAAAAGCCUGGGAAGAAAUGGGAGGCUUGAGAAAAACUGGGAGUGGAACCACCAUACUGUAAAUAAAGAGAAAAUAAAUCACUCUCCGUAUUGCUAGAAAUCAAACAAUGAAAUGGCAGGGCACUCCCUUGCAUAUACUGUCUACUCUAAUUUUGCUUCAGGUGCUCUCUGAGGUUGUAAGGAAAACAAGCUAGAAGUUGUAUUUAUGGAAUGGAUAUGGUUCUUCCAUCAUAUCUUGUUUUGGUCCAUGUAAAAUAUACGUUUCUCUUUGUCCAGCACAAGAAUGUUAAUCAGAACCGUAUUAAAGCUUUUCAGCUGAA